AAUAGAAACCGGCGCUGGAAGGUACAAGUAUGCAGCGCGGAUCGAUGCUUCGGGGUGCCCACCGCCUCGCCGCGCCUGCCAGAGCGCGCAUCUUGUCCUCGACCAGGCUCCCCGCGAGCCGACUGCUUUUCCCCACCCAGUUUCCCGCUCCCUGCCGAUCGCUGUCGUCGAGCUGUGCGCGAGCGAUGCCACCGACACCCUGGGACACGAAGACGGUGCGCUAUCCGGAGGCGCGCCGGUCGGAGCAUGUGGACGUGUACAAGAGCGCUGCGAAGGGUGAGGUGCGCGUGCACGACCCGUACCAGUGGCUCGAGGCGCACUCGGCGGAGACGGACGCGUGGACGACGGCGCAGGAGGCGUUUGCGCGCGCGUACCUCGACCAGAACCCGGACCGCGACGCGCUGCAGAAGGCGUUCACGGAGUCGUAUAACUAUGCGAAGUUCUCCGCGCCGUUCCGCUUCACGCACACGACCGACUCGCGGUGGUACUGGUGGUACAACAGCGGGCUGCAGGCACAGUCCGUGCUGUACCGCUCGAAGGACGGAAGCCUGCCAGACUUUUCCUCCGACAAGGAGCCCGGCGAGGUCUUCUUUGACCCCAAUCUCCUCUCGGAAGACGGCACGGUGUCGAUCGCGACCUACAAGGCGUCGAAGUGCGAGAAGUACUUCGCGUACGCGCUUUCUUACUCUGGCGGCGACUCCUCCGUCAUCUACGUCCGCCCCUCGGACAAGCCCCUCGCUGAGGCUGACGGCAAGAAGCCCUCGCACGACGACGAACGCUUGCCAGACGAGCUUCGCAAUGUGAAGUUCUCGGGCAUCACUUGGACGCACGACUCGAAGGGCUUUUUCUACCAGCGCUACCCCGACCAGAGCAAACUUGCGGCCUCGUCGGAGGAUGCUAUCACGACCGGUGCGGAUAAGGACGCGAAGAUCUAUUACCACCGCGUUGGGACGAAGCAGUCCGAGGACAUCCUCGUCCAUGAGGACAGCAAGAACCCGGAUUGGAUGUUCUUUACGGGAAUCAGCUCUCGCGACGGACGUUACCUCAUGAUGUCGACGUCGAAGGAUACGACGAGGAAUAACCUCCUUUGGAUCGCUGACCUCGAGAAGAAUGAGAUUGGGCCGCAGAUGAAUUGGAUCAAGCUUGUCGACGAGUUCGAUGGCGACUUUGGAUACCUUGGCAACGACGGCACGGUAUUCUAUUUCAAGACCAACCGCGGCGCGCCCAACGAGAAGGUCGUCUCCGUCGACAUCGCCUCUCCCAAGCCCGAGUUCAAGGACAUCAUCCCCCACAGUACGACUGCGCAGCUCUCCGACGCGACCCUCGUCGGCGAGAACCUGAUCAUCGUCUACACCCGCGACGUCAAGGACGAGGUGUACGUGUACACGAAGGCGGGCGAGCGCAUCCGGAGGCUAGCGGAGGACUUUGUGGGCGCGGCGGGCGUGGUGGGGCACAGGGACGAGAGCGCGUUCUUCGUGGAGAUGACGGGGUUCAAUACGCCGAAGACGAUCGCGCGGUAUGAUCUUGGCGAGCGGGAGGAGGGGAGGAGGUGGGAGGUGAUCAGGUCGACGGUGGUGAAGGGGGUUAAUCCGGAGGACUUUGAGGCGAGGCAGGAGUGGUAUGAGAGUAAGGAUGGGACGAAGGUGCCGAUGUUUAUCGUGAGGCAUAAGGAUACGCCGCUCGAUGGGACGGCUGCGGCGAUACAGUAUGGCUACGGCGGCUUCAGCAUCUCCAUCAACCCGUUCUUCAGCCCGAUGAUGAUGACGUUCUGCCAGCGGUACAACGCGAUCCUGGCCGUGCCGAACAUCCGGGGUGGGGCCGAGUUUGGCGAGGACUGGCAUUUGGCAGGCACGAGGGAGAGGAAGGUCAAUGUGUUUGAUGAUUUCAUUGCUGCGACGGAGUACCUCGUCAAGAAUAAGUAUGCUGCGCCGGGCAAGGUGGCGAUCAAUGGCGGGUCGAAUGGAGGCCUCCUCGUCGGCGCCUGCGUGAACCGCGCGCCCGAGGGCACCUUCGGCGCCGCCGUCGCCGAGGUCGGCGUCCUCGACCUCCUCAAGUUCGCCGACUUCACGAUCGGGAAGGCGUGGUGCGGCGAUUACGGCGACCCGCAUGACCCGAAGGACUUUGACUUUAUCUACCCGAUCUCGCCGUUGCAUAAUGUGCCGACGGACAGGGUGCUGCCGCCGACGAUUUUGUUGACUGCUGAUCACGACGACCGCGUGGUGCCGAUGCACUCGUUCAAGCACGCGGCGACGCUGCAGUAUCUGCAUCCGCGAAACCCGCAUCCGCUGCUGUUGCGCGUCGACAAGAAGUCGGGCCACGGUGCGGGGAAGUCGACGGAGAAGCGGAUACAGGAGGCGGCGGAUAAGUGGGGCUUUGUGGCGCAGGCGAUGGGGCUGGAGGCGAGGAGGGGUUAGCGGGAGGUGUGGGGCCAGCAGCGCGAGGGCAGGGAGUGGAGCGAGGCGAGGGCAGGGGGCGGUGAGAAGAAGGUAGGACUCAGUAACUUAUGAUACAGGUGACACUAGAGCGAAUAAUGUGCACUGGACCACGACGUCCCUUCUGCGGCGACAAGUGUAUCAUCUCUCUCGACCGAGCCCC